AUGUCUCCCCCUACGAAACAGUUGGGCAAGCUCUCCAUUGGCGAGAAUAUGCCAACCACCCGUUCCGAGGUUCGGAGAGCCCAGGACGUGGAGGCCGCUCGUCGCGACGAGGAGGACGACGACGAUUUCUCCGAUGACCCUCCGGGAGAUGAGAGCGAUGAGAGUGAAGAAGAGGAGGAGGAAGAGGAAGAUGAUGACUGCCAGCUGGCAUCCAUGGUCCGGGCGAGGUCCGAGAUCGUCUAUGAUCUUGAGAGCCUGGAAAUGGAGUCGCGUGCCCGCGCGCUCGCCGGACUGACCGGACAAUUCGACGUGGUAUACUGCCGUGAGGCCCCAGGAAUAUACGAAUUCCAGCUGGCGGAACGACCACGGGUUCGCAUCCGCGCCGGGGUGCCCCAAUGCACCUGCUCAGAGUUUGAGAACCGGCCGGACAUUGCUUGUCGGCACAUAUUUUGGCUUGUGGAUCAGCUGUACGACAGCAUCUCCCCCCGAACGCCUCCUCCUGGGGUGCCCCUAUCCAGUGAUGGAUUCUCUCCAAAACUUCCGCCUCUCGAUGAGCUUCUCCGCAAUAGAUUGGAAGCUGUAGCGGAAGAUUUGAACUGGCCGUAUGUCCCAGGCAUCGCGUCACCGUCUGGGUCCGAUCCCGAGCACGGCGGAAUGACCCGCCAGGACAAGGUUCGCGACAUCUUGUCUGCUUUCAGCGAGAUCACCCUCCCGGAGGAGUUCCGCCUAGAUCUUGCGGAGACGACGGGCCAGCACCUGACUCCCGAGCAGUGCAUUGUGCAAGGUGACCUGGAAGCGACGCUGUUCCGGCUCGCGGUGCACGACGACAAUGUGUAUACGAGUCUUCGCAAAGCCAUGCCGGCAGGCGCGUGUGCGGGUAUUUACUUCGACAAGGUCCAGAAACGAUCGCGGGACCUCCUCGCUCAAUUCGAUGUCUACCGCGAGACGGGGCGACUCCCCGUGGGGGAGCGACCGCUAGACGUGAAAGAAGUUGCGCGGCGGCUGCGACAAAACGUCGACCGCAUCCAGGCCAACGUGUCGGUUCGAGUGCCAUACGGCAGCAAAGACGCGGCGCAGGCCCUCGUGACGGUGCUUCAGGAAGUCAGCGCGCGUAACAUCGAUGCGUUUGAGGGCAACCGAUGGGGUCGUGUUCCGCCGCCGGGCGAAGAUGAAGACGAUCGGAAUCUGUACGAGCAGCUGAUCGGGCAGGCCAACGAGGCGGAGGGUCUGUUUGUGCUGGAUGCGCUGGAGGAGCUACCGUCGUCGGUUCUGCGGCAGUAUCUGCCCCAUCUGAACGAGAUUCUUAACAAGAUCGAGAUCAACCGGGCGCCGUCGCCGUACGUGCUGAAGCUGAAGUCGUUGAUCCACGAUGCCGAGUCGGGUGUGACGUCGAGGGCGAAGAGGCCAGCGACUGCGCAGGCUGGAGGGAGCCAGAAGCGGACAAGAUGA